UCCUCAUUUUGGACGUCGAUCUGUAACGCAGCAGAAAGCGGACUGCCGCCACUGAGGGAAGAGGAGAGAAGGGGAGACGAAAAAAAAAAAAAGCAGCGGAAUGGUGUAAAAGCCGAGUGAGAGCUAGCAAACAUCGAGGACGGGCGACUGUUGCUCUUCUUCGUCUUUUUCUUUCUCUGUAUGUCCCGUCCAGCCCUGCCUGCCUUUUUGAUGCCGUCCUCACGGAGUUUUGGCCCAAUACUGGACUUAUUAUUCCUGGUGGGCUGAACCAUGCAGAGGCUGCUGCUGCUCCUCACUUUGCUGCUGACUUUACAAACUGUGUGGACCGCGAGGUUCUCCCAGGAGCCGGCAGACCAGUCGGUGGUGCGGGGCCAGAGAGUGAUCCUUUCCUGUGUCGUCUUCAACUACUCGGGCAUCGUUCAGUGGACCAAAGAUGGCCUGGCGCUGGGCAUCGGCGAGGACCUGCGGGCCUGGCCUAGGUAUCGAGUACUGCGGGUCCAGGAACUGGGCCAGUACAACCUUGAGAUCCUGUCGGCUGACCUGUCUGACGAUUCCUUGUACGAGUGCCAGGCCCCUGACGCCGCCUUGAGGUCCAGGAGGGCCAAGCUCACCGUUCUCAUCCCACCAGAUGACCCGGUGAUCGACGGCGGUCCAGAGGUUUUGCUCAACGCGGGGGAGUCCUACAACCUCAGCUGCGUGUCUCGGGGUGCGAAACCGCCCUCCAUGAUCGAGUGGCUUAAAGAUGGACUGCCUAUAGAUGGGGCCGUCAGUGCCACUGAGGUUCUUCCAGACCGCAAGAGGGUGACCACGCGCAGCUUCCUUCCCAUCCACCCCAUCGACACAGACACGGGGAGGAACUACAGCUGCGUGGCUUCCAACCUGGCGGCCCCAGUGGGCAAGAGCACAACUGUUACCCUCAAUGUGCACCAUCCACCAACUGUGACUUUGUCCAUCGAACCUCGCUCGGUCGUGGAGGGUGACAGGGUCACCUUCACCUGUCAGGCCCAUGCCAACCCCCCAAUUAUGGGCUACAGGUGGGCCAAGGGUGGCGUGGUGCUACAGGGUGCCAGGGAGAGUGUGUUCACCACCAAGGCGGACCACUCCUUCUUCACCGAACCGGUCUCAUGCUUGGUCUUCAACGCCGUGGGGAAGACCAACGUCAGCAUCCUUGUGGACGUUCACUUCGGUCCCAUUCUCUUGGUGGAGCCCCAGCCCAAAACGGUGGACGUCGACUCUGACGUCACCCUCAACUGCAAAUGGGCCGGGAACCCUCCGCUCACUCUCACUUGGUUCAAGAAAGGUUCCAACAUGGUCCUGAGUAACGGCAACCAACUGUAUCUGAAGUCGGUGAGCCAGGCCGACGCGGGCCAGUACGUAUGCAAGGCCAUCGUACCGCGAAUCGGGGUCGGAGAGACCGAGGUCGCCCUCACUGUUAACGGCCCACCCAUCAUUUCCAGCGAGCCCAUCCAGUAUGCAGUGCGAGGGGAGCGCGGCGAAGUGAAAUGCUACAUUGCGAGCACACCUCCUCCUGAUAAGAUUGUGUGGGCGUGGAAGGAGAACGUGUGGGAGGAGGAGAAGGGCACACUUCUGGAGCGCUACACGGUGGAGCAAAGCAGAACGUCGGCCGAGGGAGGCGGCGUCCUCUCCACCCUCACCAUCAACAACGUGAUGGAGUCUGACUUCUUGACCUCGUACAACUGCACGGCCUCCAACUCCUUUGGGCCCGGCACCAUGAUCAUCACCCUGGAGGAGACCGAGGAGGUCCCAGUGGGGAUAAUAGCCGGUGGCACGGUGGGCUCCACCAUCCUCUUGUUCAUCUUCCUCCUGGUCCUCGUACUCAUCUUCUACCGGCAACGCAAAGGCAGUCGGCGAGGAGUCACACUGGGAAAGCCGGACAUUAAGGUGGAAACGAUAAACAAGGAGAGCCACAGCUUGGAGGAAGACUCGGGCAGCGUGUCCACGGCCUCGCGCAUGGUCAAGGCCAUGUACUCGUUUCUCCCCUCUGUGUCCUUCUCUCCCUCCAAUCAGCCCUUUAAGGACGACAUCGAGCUCAAGUCGGACCUGCGCAGCGACACCCUGGACACCCGCCAGGAGUACGACCUGAAGGAUCCCACCAACGGCUACUACAACGUACGAGCUUCCACGCUUGACGAGGGCCGCCCCGCCUCCCGCUCCACCAUGCACUACUCCGACUACCGCUCCCCCACCGGUACCCCCGGGGGGGCCGCAUCCAUCAGCGGCAGCAGCGCGGGCGGUUCGGGGGCCACGGCCAGCGGCGGAGCCCCCGGCCCACCUGGCCCCCUCACAUCCCCGGGCCGGCCCCAGGCCUGCUACGACCCUCGCCCCCCUUCCAGACUGUCCCACAUCAGCUACGCCCAGUUCAACACUUUCACCCGCGGAGCCCAGAGCCAGCAGGCGCCCAGCAACCCGGCCCCCGCAGCGGCCGACUUCCCAGGCGACUGCAGCCUCCUGGACUCCACCUCCCAGCUAGCGUACGAGAACUACGGCUACCCGUCGCACUACCAGACCUAUCGGAUGGGUUUCGCCCCAUCCAGCCUGGCCCCGCUGGAGGCCGGGCCCUCGUAUGAGAUGUACGGGGUGGGAUCGGGGGUCGGCGUGGGUCCCGGCGGUGCCACGCCCGCGGGCUCGGACACGGGACUCGGGAAGUACGGCAGCUCCACUCGCUUCUCCUACACGUCGCAACAUUCCGACUAUUCCCACAGCCGACACACACAGAGGAUGCAGACUCACGUGUGAAAGCGACCUAGCAGCACGAGGAGUGUCUUAGGCAUAGCAUUGCAGCUAAAACCAACACACACAUAUUUACACGCACACACCGACAGGCCGCAGUGAACAGAUACGGCACAUGCACAGUUAUAGAGGAGCGUGCCCGAAAAACGGAGACAAAAGACUGCACGUUGGCCACCGUGUUAGCAAACGGGAGCUGGGAGAGAGCAGACGGCGCGAGUCACAAUCACACCGGGGAUGACGAGGAACCAGCCACAACGCGGAGACUUUGGAGCCACUUUGGUUUCCAAUGCCAGACGGCGCCUCGAGCCAUGUUUCCACGAAGCAGCACACCUAAAAGGCGAGACCAACUGCCUUCGAUUGAUUGGCAGUCAAUGUGGCCAGUUGCCAAGAAGAACGAACAGGGUUGUGAACCCUGGUGGAAGCGCAACGAGAUCAACGUCUGAUAUGGUACAUGUGAUUGGGCAAAACCUCAGACAUUGGGAGUCAUUUCUGGCUGUUAUUUUACUUUCAGCUUUUCCUCUCAUACUUAUUCGUAGUGAUGUUCAAUCACUUUUUUUUUUUUUUUUCCAGACCACUACCAGUACUACCCUUCUUGAGUACUAAUCGAUACCAAGUACCAAUCCAACUACAAGGCUCGAAAUAAGCGGUUACAUGUCACGAUUUGCGAGGAAAAUUUUUCAUUUUGCGCCUCAUCAAAACACAUUGAAUUGCAAAACUUAGAAUCGACCGUCGAGACGGUCCCAAAAAGCUUCACUGGGCUCACGUAGUCGUCGGAAGUCGAGGGAAAUUCUGCGCCGCUAACGCCGCAGCGGGAAGCUAGCAACGAGCGUCGGCUAGCUACUAGUGCGCCAAAACACGUUGCGGAGUCGCUCCUAUAUCGGUGAUCAUUGCCACCAUGGUGGCAAAUAAGAAACUACAUUUCUGACAAGUAUCAUUCUCACGAAGGGAUGUUGAGAAAAGACGGCGAAGCUAAAUUGCUAAAAUAACCCAAGAUUGACACGGUUAGCACGUUUAACACCAGAAUUAGGGACAUGGGUAAUUGAGUUCACUUUUCUCAGACAUCUGGCUGGAACUGCAUUAAAGCGGAGAACAUCCAACUUUGAACAGCAAACAAAUUAAUAAGUGUCGAAACUCUCAAGAGAGAAUCGUACUCGCUAAAAAAGAACCAGAACCAGAAAUGUUCAGUUACAGUGUACUUCAGCAAGGACGAAUAGUAUCAAAUCUAUAUGAUAUCAAUCAUGUCAUUUAUUUGUUUUCACGAUGGAGUCCUGAGUUUUGAUUUCGACUUUUGAGGUCUGCGCAGUAAAUAUUUACAAAAUUACAGCAGAUCUUAUGUUUUCUUGAAUCAAUUUGGCUUUGCUUCUCGACAGGAAAAUUGAAUGCUAUACUGCGAUUAACCUGCAAAAAAGUUGCUCCACAAAAUUAGGUAGUUGCUCCUCAAAGGAAAAAUAAAAAGAUUUCCAACCUCGUGCUAAUACUUAUGAUCCAUUUAAUUUCAAUUAAAACAAUGACAUAAUUCUGCAAAUACCUUUCUGUCUUUAUGAUGCUCAGUAUGAUUCGCCAACGUGUCAAACGGCCGCAUUGUAGCACCAACUAUUGUCAAGGAAAACGGACUCAAUGUCGGAUGUUAUUUUUUUGUUUUAAAUAUCGGUUUUUGGUCUCAGCAUCCUUGAAAAGUACCCAAUACUUUGAAAUAAGGCCGGUGUCGGCGCGAUGCAGAUACCUGGAAUCGGUGCUCACCUAUCCCGACUUAUUAGCCAUCGGAAAGUGAUUGUUCGUAGGAAGGUCAUCAUCCUUUUGCACUGCACCAUCAGUAUUCACGCUUGGACGUCUCUCAUCUAUAUCUGUCGUCUUUUUAAUUUGCACACAUGACUAGAGCUUUGUAUUCUAUUUUUUAACAUUACAGAAUUAUUUUUGUCAAUGUAAAACAUGAAAUGAUGUGUAUGUAUGGACCAAAAGUUGGAAGAACUGUGCCAUCAAAAAGGGUAUACCAGUGUAUAAAAGAAACCUAGUGCCAAGUGUAUUGUUCUUCACCGUAGAUCAUGUACAGUAGAUGCAGUAGAAGCUCCUUCUAUUGGCGACUGUUGCUUUAUAAACCAGGUGAGGGACCCUGGGUCAGACUUUUUCCUCAGCUUGGGCCUUUUUUUUUUUUUCCCCUCGCCCGAGCU